UUGGUACAGUAGGCCUCACUAGACUUAGCUGCAACUAAGAAUUUCUCCUACAUCAACAAAGUUAAUGAUGAUGCUCUUGUGGAUUGGAGAAUAAAAGUGCACACUAAGUAUUUAAGAAGCGGAAAAAACACAUUUUAUCUUCUCAGAGUUGUACUGCAUCCACUGCUAUCAAGACAGCAAACCAAAGGACAGAUUUUGAUCCACAGUGUUUGUAAAACUAAACUGAUUUAUCUUAACUAAGGCUCGGGGUUUGUGACCUGGACAUCAGCAUUUGGAAGUUACUUGAUUUACAGAAAUGAGGGCAGCUUUGCAACCAGCCGACAUUGCCAUUGUGGCACUCUAUUUUGUGCUUGUUCUGUGCAUAGGCUUUUUUGCCAUGUGGAAAUACAAUCGAAGCACUGUAAGUGGGUACUUCCUGGCAGGGCGAUCUAUGACAUGGGUUGCAAUUGGUGCUUCCUUAUUUGUAAGCAACAUCGGAAGUGAACACUUCAUUGGGCUUGCAGGAUCUGGAGCAGCAAGUGGAUUUGCCGUGGGGGCAUGGGAAUUCAAUGCCUUAAUGCUUUUGCAACUCUUGGGAUGGAUCUUUGUUCCAGUCUACAUACAAUCUGGAAUUUACACCAUGCCUGGGUACUUAUCAAAACGCUUUGGAGGGCACAGAAUUCAAGUAUAUUUUGCUGUGUUGUCUCUAAUUCUUUAUAUCUUCACCAAACUCUCAGUAGAUUUGUAUUCAGGAGCAUUGUUCAUUCAGGAGUCAUUGGGCUGGAAUAUUUAUUUGUCAGUUAUACUUUUGAUUGGAAUGACCGCAUUGCUGACAGUGACUGGAGGUCUUGUGGCAGUUAUCUACACAGACACGGUUCAAGCUUUGCUUAUGAUUAUUGGUGCCUUCACACUUAUGAUCAUAAGUAUUACAGAAGUUGGUGGGUUUGAAGAGCUUAAACGAAGGUACAUGUUGGCAAAACCAAAUAUUACAUCAAUUUUAUUGACACAUAACCUUUCCAAUACUAAUUAUUGCCAUGUUGACCCAAAACCUGAUGCACUGAGAAUGUUACGUGAACCAACUGAUGAAGAUAUUCCUUGGCCUGGUUUCAUUUUGGGACAGACCCCAGCUUCUGUAUGGUACUGGUGUGCAGACCAAGUAAUUGUCCAGAGAGUGUUAGCAGCAAAAAAUAUUGCUCAUGCCAAAGGAUCCACUCUGAUGGCAGGUUUUUUAAAACUUUUGCCUAUGUUCCUUAUAGUUGUUCCAGGUAUGAUAUCACGAAUAUUGUUUGCAGAUGAUAUUGCAUGCAUCAAUCCAGAACAUUGUAUGAAAGUUUGUGGAAGCAGAGCUGGAUGCUCUAACAUUGCCUAUCCGCGUUUGGUAAUGAACCUUGUUCCUGUUGGUCUGCGGGGCCUUAUGAUGGCUGUGAUGAUUGCUGCACUAAUGAGUGAUUUGGAUUCUAUAUUUAACAGUGCCAGUACCAUCUUUACACUUGAUGUGUAUAAGCUCCUCAUAAGGAAGAAUGCAUCAUCCAGAGAACUGAUGAUUGUUGGAAGAGUUUUUGUUGCUUUCAUGGUUGCAAUAAGCAUUGCCUGGGUCCCAAUAAUAGUGGAAAUGCAAGGAGGCCAAAUGUAUCUAUAUAUACAAGAGGUAGCAGACUACUUGACUCCUCCAGUGGCUGCUAUAUUUCUCUUAGGUGUAUUCUGGAAGCGUUGCAAUGAGCAAGGGGCCUUCUUUGGUGGAAUGGUUGGAUUUGCUCUAGGAGCCGUACGACUGAUUCUGGCAUUUAUCUAUCGUGUCCCUGAAUGUAACCAGCCAGAUACUAGACCAGUCUUCAUCAGAAAUAUCCAUUACAUGUAUGUUGCUACUGCACUGUUUUGGAUCACCGGAAUUGUGGCUAUAGUAGUAAGCUUUCUGACCCCACCACCUUCAAAGGAACAAGUUCGUGCGACAACAUUCUGGUCUAUAAAAAAUAGAACUGUGAAAGAAAACACAUCAAGAGGCAGUUCAUACAAAGCACAAGAGAAGAACAUGUUAAAGUACAGUGAGACUCUUAAUCCUGUAUCUUCAAAUGGGAAAUCUGAAGAAAAUGUUAAAAAUGACCAGCCUGAAAAUGUCAAUCUUCUAAUUACUUGCAGAGAUGACAGCAAUCCAGUGAUUUCUUUUAGUAACUCUGAAGUUGAGACACCAGUUGAUUGUUACUCUAAUGGACAGGCAGCUCUUAUGAGUAGCAAGAAGAGUGAGGAGGAGACUGGGAGUAGUGACAAACACUGGAAAUUUAUAGAUUGGUUCUGUGGCUUUAAAAGCAAAAAUGUGAACAAUAGAGCCAUCCAAGAUAAGGGGGAAGAAGAGACUAUUUGUCUACAAAUGCUGGAAGAGACUCCAAAAGUUAAAUUAUUACUAAAUGGUGGAUUAUUUUGUGUGUGUUCUCUUGGAAUAUUCAUGUUUGUUUAUUUUUCUUUGUGAACAGUUUUCUAAGAGUGUGAUUGGACAUUCAGAAGAAAGACAACAGGUCCUUGGAGAAAUAUUAAUAUAUAAGUAUGUGUGUUAUGUGUUCCAUAUCUCAGGCUUCCUUUACAUUAUUGUUGUCAACCAAUUUGAAAAUUGUUAGAAAUCUUAAUAGCCUAGUAUUUUUGUUUUAAUGCAGAAUGAGGGAUUUUGUGCGGUACUAAAAGUUGGAUUUCAGUAUACCAAAGUAAGAAAUUAGUGUAUUAAAAUAAAAUAAUCACAAUCAUUUGUUAAAAGGUCAAGCAAAAGUGAAAAUAGUGUUAAUGUUGGUACUACCACUUCAAGUAUUGGUAAAUUACACAUUAUAUACAAUUAUGAAUUCUUAAUAACAAUUUCUGAUUAUUUUCCUUUUUCUCAAUACUUUAAACAUUGUUUUGGACUAUGUUCCCAACAAAUACCUAGAAUUCAAACUGAAUUAUCCAACUCUUGGUUGGAUUUAUAUCAUCUAAAAUUAUUAUGCACUGCCGAAUAUAGCAUCUUCCCUUCUUCCCUGCACUAGAUGAAGCAAAUACUUAUCAAUUAUAGCAGUGAGUUAAAAAAGAACUUCUACAAAUGGAUUUAAAAGUUCAAAUUAUGCAGAAAGAAUGGUUCAGUUCAGAUCUCCCUAGCUAAUACUCUGCAUAUUGAUCGAAGUCUCCAUUGCUAAUUAUGCUGUUUGGUGUUGAUGGAAGUUCAAGUUACUUGGAGACAAAAGGGUAGUCUAAAUGGUGAGUAAACAAAAAAAAAUCUUAAGUAUUUUCAACUAAAAAUAUCCCUUGGGUAUGUUUGGAUGUUUUCUUAAACUUGAAUUUUGUACAUUAAAACUGUAAGUCUGCAGUAAUUUCCCUAACACCUCUUGUGGAAUGAAACAAAAACCUCUAGCAUCCCCUUUGUGAAACCACCCUCUGUGAGAUCUUUUCAUAAUAUAAUGAUAGAUUGGAAAUUCUUCAGUGAUGGAUAUGGAAGUAAUACCAUAGACAUCUGUCUAAACAAAAUUUCAGUAUAUGGUUCUGUAUUGAAAAUAGGAAAUGCUGCUGUUUCUGUUUUUUUUAAUUAGGCUUAUUUUUGUUGGGUAGAUGGAAAUAAAAGACAACUUCACCGUUUUACACUUCUUAGCAUGUUGUAAAUGUUCAUGCUGAGCUCAUGGCUGUCCUAUUGAUAUGUUAAUAAGUGCUGUAUAAGUAAGACUGUGGUAAUCAAAAGAUCAGACUUAAAAUGGGAGGACCUGUGUGUAUGUAUCUGUAAUAUCUAGAUGUAGAGAUGGAUUUUCAACUUAGGCAAUUUCAGUACAAAAGCAGGAUUUUUAAGCCCCUUUUUCCAGGUCUGGACUUCAAUGAUCCUCUCCCCCCCAUCUUUCCAGCAACUUAGAUGGGGACUUACGUUCUCCCUUUUCUUAACCACCAUCAGUAUUCCCACUAGUGUUCCAACCCCUACUCCCCAAUUUUUCCAGCACCUUCCCUGCCUCCCAUCAAUCUCCUUGGCUUUUUCUGUGAUCCCCUUCACGGACCAAACCAGCCUUGUUUCUUUAUGUGGAUAGACUAAAACGGUAGAAACACACAAGUUUCCGUUUGGGCUCAGAUAACCAACAGCCAGCUGUUCUGUGGAUGGAAGAAUCUCCUGUUCUGGUGGUUGCAGUUGCUGUAGCAAAGGCAGGAAAAUGAUCUUUACCUGCUCCCCAUCUUAUGCCAGACUUUUAAUACCCACUUUCAAAUGGUGGUGUGGGAAGGAAUAAAUGAACCUCUCUAUUAGAGCACUGGUAUUCGCAGGAUGACUGAGAUGGCAGUGCCUGUGGAAGCAGGAUCUGGCAGUUAACAAAUGAAUUUAUAACUUUUGGCAAGAACUCUAUUAGUCUAUAGUAUGACUCAUAACUGGCUAGAGGGAAUUUGUCCUUUAUUUAGAAUUUGUGCUCAGAACUUCAGUUUUGCAACAAAAUGCAUUCUUCUAAUUCAGAGUGGCAAAGUUGUGGCCCACCACAUGCUUUGCACUUUUCUUCCCAUGGUCCCUGCCCUUGGCCCUGCUGUUCGCAGCUGAUGGAAAUUUAAGUAUUCCGGCAUCUGGAGGACCAUAGGUCUUUUGCUCUUUUUUGCAUUCCAAUAAUGUUCAUUUUCCCGCUAUAUGUCAUUUAGACUAUUACCUCUUCCAUAAGUUGCAAUGCUGUUCAUAAGUUUACUUUUUUGGUGAUACUUUUUAAUCAAGUCUGCAGGACUGAACGCUAGCAUCUAAUGUAAAAAUACAUUUAUUUUCUUUUUUUAUAUCUGUACCUUAGAACAGGUUGAGAUUGCAAUGACUGUUGUAACAGCGUAAAUAUUAUAAAAUAACCAAAAAUUGACUUGACUCAUUGGCAAUAGCAUACUGAGUCAUUUUGCUCUAGAAUUUUUCCCACAAGGUUGGUGAAAAAAUGUCAUUAAGUGACAUGUUACUGAAUGAUGGAAUGAUAUAGUAGUAAAUUGUGGUUUCAAUCUUGAUUACGUGACGUAAUUUCAAAAGCAAUGUAUUUUGUAAAUACUGUAGCAAAUUAUGUUUUUGUUGACUUCUACCAUGAAUUGAACAUCUUUGUGUACUGGGCGAAAAGCCGUUGCAAGGGAUGUGCAGUACUUCAUUGAAGCUAAAAAAAGUGCUUUAGAGCAGGCAGUGGGAUGUUUUGGUACCUCACUAACUCAAAUGCAUAUUUUCUGGGAUCAUACAGCUGCUUUGUGAUCCCAGCAGAAGGCACAGCUUCUUUAAGGAGGUGUUGACAGAUGUGGCAUGUGCACUCAUGCUGGCUCCAAAGCUCCUUUUUGGCUUCAGAUCUGAAGUUGUGCACAUCCUUAUGGCUAAAGACAGUAGAUGAUGCCAGUUACGAAAUGUGGGUCACUGCUGAGUAAGAUAGCAUUGUUCUUUCUAGCACUUUCAGAGGUAGUUGUAUUAAAUGAGUUGCUAGCGUUGAUCUGCAGAUUGGCUAGCUCAGGGAUCUAUUUGGCUCUCUUCCUCCACUUCUCCCAAGAUACCUUGUAUAGCCUUACAGACACAUUAAAAUAGCAGUGUCUAAUACUCCCACUGUCUUAAACUCAAAUAAUUUAGUAUAUGUGCAGUACUAUGAGUAUAUAUGGCAGAGUUAAUUCUGAAUCCAUUUGAAAUUGACUCUUCAUGUGGUACAGCCAUAUUUCAAGGGAUGAAAGUGGUUUAUAAAAUCUUAAAAUGUUGGACCAAUUAACCAAUAAGAGAAAUUUUGCCAAUUUUUUUAAAUGUACCAAUUAAUCCUGUUCAGGCAUUCCAUGUCAUUUAGACUACUAUCUCUUCCAUGAGUUGCAGUGCUGUUCAUAAGUUUACUUUUUUUGUUAUCGGCUUUUAUGCUUUGGUUGCCCAAAAUGGAGACCCUGAAUAUUGCUUCUUGGCCUUUUGGCUAAGAUCAGAUGUAGUAUCACUUCAACAUGUCAGGAGCAGUAAAUGAGUAUAGAGGAGAUCAUUCCAUCUCUGAGGGAACAAUAGUUUCUGUUGCCACAGCACUUUGGAAUUAAGAGUGAACAAACAAGCUAUUGGGAUAUGCAGUGAAUGCUGCUGUGCUUGUUUAUUGAAACUGAGCUGGGGAACCAUUUUGCGACCAUUUAAAAAAAAAAUUGUAUGGGACAGAUGGAGGCUGCAGUCAUCAAAUGGGAGAAACCAAUUUUUCCAUUUUUAAAAAUGUUUUUUGGGGUUAUUUAUGGUGCACUAAAGUCCCAGCUCCUGCCAACCUAGCAGUUCGAAAACAUGCAAAUGUGAGUAGAUUAAUAGGUACUGCUUUGGCGGGCAGGUAACGGCGUUCCGUGUAGUCAUGCCGGCCACAUGACCACGGAACUGUCUACGGACGAACGCCCGCUCUUCGGCUUUGAAACGGAGAUGAGCACCGCCCCCUAGAGUCGGACACGACUGGACUUCAUGUCAAGGGAAACCUUUACCUUUUUAAUCCUUUCUAAAGGUGUAACCCAUCCCUCACCCCAAAAAAUCAGGGCUACUCCUUGAUGAUUUGCUGCUGAACUUCUAUAGUGACAGCAGAACAGGAUUUUGGGGCCAUGUGUGGGCUAUAGGUUGCCCACCUUCAAUUAAACUGUUAAAGUGGGAGAUAGGCCAUAGUUUUAAUACUUUGCUUUGUUAAUUAGGGUUGAUUGGAGCGGACUGCAGUCCUCCAAGUUUCUGCUUAACAUAGAACUAUGGUUUUCUUUGAAGUAUCCUCUUGUUUGUGAGGGUUUGCAAAUAAGUGUGGCAUUUUGAAACACUUUCAUUGGUUAUCAUUAUCUAAGAUGGUUGUCUACACUGGGCUGCAUAAUGGGCUGGAACAUGACAACCCUGUCUUUAGUAGAGGAUGAUCCAACUGUAACUUCUAAUCCAGUCCUAUAAGUGUAAGCAUCACAUUUUAACUGAACUUCCUGUAGUCCUUUACUCUUACUACUGAACAUUCCUUUUAUAUUUUGUAAUUUUGCUGUUUCCUUCAAAUUAAGAAAGUAAAUGUGUAAUAGCUUGUUAUAGUGCCUUUUAGUAGCAAAAUAUAACCUUGUUAGGUUGCCACAUCUCAUCUGUGAUGAAAACAUUUAUUUUUUUCUGGCUUCACAUUUCUAUCUAUGCCAUAAAGGAGCACUUAUAUUUUUCUAAGCACAAGUAUAUCUCUAGUCUUGAAGACUAAUUAAAUAGUAAAUCAUAGCCUACAUUCAUUGUUAAUGGCUGUUGAGUGAUUAUUUUUACAUUAACAGAAGGCAUAGUAUAUAACACAAUCUCUUAAAAUUAUGUUCUGUGUAUCUAUAUCACUGCAUUUUGUACUAUAUAGCCCUUUUGUACAUAACUAUAUGUACAAUAUUAAGGGAAAUUAGUCCAAAAUAAAAUAUUUCAACGUAUCAGUCUCAUUACAGCUUAACUAAAACAAUUAAUAGCGGGCUUUGUUAGUAUCUUUGCUAACUGGAAAUGUGUAGCAUUUUAUUUCAAUAAAGAUGAUAAUCCUAAACUUCUAAUACCACUGCAAAAUCAGUUCUGAUAAAUGUCACUGAGUAGGAUUACAACUUGGAUGAUCCCCUGGACUAUGUGCUAGAAUUUCUUGUACAUUCUGUGAGUAAGUAUCUGUUGGUCUUGUGGUUAGCAAUGUAGACUCUAUAGCUAAUAAUGAUCCUUCUAUUGUACAGUUUAGUGUACGAUUUCUGGUGGUACCCAAUCGAAAAUGCAAAGGCACUGUUUCCCAUAGAUUGGCUUUACUUCUUAACGCCUAAGCAUUUGUCCAGGGUUUGUGAUAGUCUAGAUUUGCCUUCCUCAGUCACAAGUCUGCUGCCUAAUGCUAGAAUUCUGGGAACUGUUGUCUAGGACAUCUGGAGAACUCUAGUUUGGUCUAUAUGCAGGAAUAUACAUAUAAACAUUUCCCCAAUGGACCCAGGCAGUUGCAUGGGAGUUUUUCUUUUUUUCCUGAACCUUUGUGACGAAAUAAUUGCCUUGUAUAUUAUCAUAGCAGUUGAUCAAGAAUACCUUUUUAGAAAUAUAAUGGCUUUUAAUUUGUAUAUUUAAAUAGAAGCUUUAUCUAAAGAAAGAUGUACGAGGGCUUUAUUUUUGUACUAUAUUCAGGGAAAACAUAGCUUCUAUUCUGGAAAAUGUUUUAUUCUCUUUGUUGCCAAAGUCCCCCUUCCACCUGCUUUCUCUGCUUUGCUAUACAGAUACAAUGGAAGAUUGUAAGCUGACUGCUUCUGUUUUGCUUCUGCCAUUUUAGCCUGGUAUUUGGUGUGCCUGUGUCUCAGAAAUCAUUUUGUAAUGUACAAUAGUUUCCUAAAUGGAGAAGAGAAGGUUGUGGACUGUGGGCUGUCAAGUACUGGUAAGGAUACUUGCCAGAAAACAAUGAUUUAAGUUUCACACCUUUAUUUUAAAUUCUUAACCUAAGGUAAAUUAUUAUGUGUUGUGGGAUAUGUCUAUGAGAGAGACUCUUCCCCCUAAAUAAACUGCAUACUGAAUUCAUAAAUCUAGUUUUUUAAGGAAAACUUUAAAUUAUGUAUUUGAAAUUAAGAUCUUAAUUGUUCAGUAUACCGUGUAUUCUGUGCCCUUAAUGUUUUGAAAAUAAAACUAGUGUUAUUACAUGUGAUGUUAUGAAUUAAAGGUGAGUAAAAUACUUAAAGGCUUUUUUAAAGAGAAACUGUGUGUAAUUCAGUGGUUUUAAAUGUAUUUUUUGUUAGCUUUAGAAUAAAGAGUAGUUCAAAUGUAAGUACAUAUAAUUAAGAUUCCUUAUUUCACUGUGAGUUUUUUAAUUACAAAAUAGCACACUCACACACAUAACCAUUUCUGGGAAUGUUUGCUUUUUUUUUUUAAAAAAAAAUGCUUCAUUUUUGUUCUGAUUCUGUCUAAAAUGUUCCAUAGCGCUCUAAUGACCCUACUUUUCCGUAAGAUUCAUCAGCUUCACUGAGCAAAAUCAGGUACUGAGCAAUGAUGGUAAUGACAUAUGACAAUAUAAGUGUCUAUGAACACAUGCUUUUAAAUGAGGUGGAUAUAAAAAUAGUUGCUGUGCAAAAAAAACCAAACACCUAGUAGUCUUCUUCAAGAAGAAAGCAAAUUCUUUUCUAAUAAUUAGGUAAAUACCUUUUUCUUCAUCCUUUAAGUUUUAAAUAUAGUGUCAGUGUGAUGCUAAUUUUUGUUUCCCUUUGGAUGUAUAGGUACACUUUUUAAAAAAGAUGUUCGGUGUCUUUUGUUUUUGUUGCUGUUGUACUUUCUGCAAUGUAUGUAAAUUAGAAGUCAAUAGUUUUUUAAAAGAAUUGUUAAAAGAUUUCACAGACCAAAAAAAAAAAAAAAAAAAAGAUAAUGUGCAACAUGUCAAGUCUUUAAAUUUUAGGGGAAAAUGGACCAAAUAAGCAUAUAUAUGUAUAAACUUACUUCCAGAGUUCUUAAGUAAAAAAUUCUUAAAUGUCCAUGAUUUAACUAUAAAGGACAUUUUAUUCAACUAAAUAAACAUUAUUAUAGUAGGAAUAUAGAUCUAGAAAUGUUAAGGAAAUGAAUAUUUCUUGAUUGUACAUUGCUACUAUUACCACAGUUUUUCAUAGAACAGAUGGCUUGAAUAUAGAAUACUGCCAAUAUGACAUUGAAGAAAACUGUUUUGGAAAACUCAGUUCUCAUUACUAGCUGUAUGUAUAUUGCUUGUUGUAUACUGUAUCUGUAUUUUUUGCCUCCUGAAUUAGUCUUCAAUAUGAAACUCUUAUUAGAGUAUUUGUAUAAUUAAAACUGUAUUUCUUGCAGUUUACAUUCUUUUUGAAUAUGGAAUUUUGUUCUGUCCAAGUUAUUGUAUGGAAAUGUUUAAAACUUCUGUACAAAGUUGAAAUAAAAAGUACAAAAAUACAAGUAUUUCUGAAAUUAUCUUGGAAGUUUAUGAAGUAAACUCAGUAGGUGAAUAU